AUGAACUUAGAUACUUAUACAGUAACAACAGGACAUCAAUUGAAUAUUUUUACUGGACCACUUUAUUUCAUCUAUAAAGUUAUUAGUACAAUUAAUUUGGCAAAAAAGAUCAGUGAAGAAAAUUCGAGGGUGAAAGUUGUUCCCGUAUAUUGGAUGGCGACAGAAGAUCAUGAUUUUGUUGAGAUCAAUCAUAUCAAUUUGUUUAAGAAAACAAUAAUCUGGAAUGUGCAAAAUGAUAUUAAAGGUGCUGUUGGACGUAUCAAUAUUACGAAUAACAUUCAAAAUACUAUCGAAGAUGUCAAACUUAUUCUCGGUUUUUCGGAAUAUGCUUUACAGCUGACUUCAAUUAUCGAAGAAGCAUAUUUGAAAAACGUUUCUUUAGCCGAUGCAACACGAUACUUGGUACAUCAAUUAUUUCAUGAUGAAGGAUUGAUUAUAUUAGAUCCUGAUAAUCAUGAUUUCAAAGAAAUCUUUGCUAAAAUUAUCGAACAAGACAUUCUGACAAAACAAAGUUUCCAUUGUGUGAAUGAAACUGUUCGGCAAAUAAAUAAACAUUAUAGAGUUCAAGCAAUUCCAAGAGAAAUCAAUUUCUUUUAUUUGCUUGAUAAUUAUCGGGUAUUGAUUGUUACAGAUGAAGACAAGUAUAAAACAAAUGACGAAAAGUACACAUUCACAAAGGAGCAAUUGCAAAAAGAGAUACAAUUAUUUCCGGAACGAUUUAGUCCAAAUGUUAUAAUCAGACCCUUAUAUCAGGAAUUCUUGCUUCCAAACCUCGCUUACGUAGGCGGUCCAAGUGAACUUGCCUAUUGGUUAGAAUUACGAUCCACGUUUGAAUUCUACAACGUGAAUUUUCCGAUGUUAGUUUUGAGAAAUAGUGCAUUGAUAAUUGAUGGCAAAAUGUUCGAACUUAUGAAAAAACUUCAUGUGUCAACAUCUGAUUUAUUCUUACCUAUCGAUCAACUUAUAAAAUCAUUUGUUAUUAAACAUUCAAAUGACGAGAUCAAUCUGGAAGAAGAAAUCGAUUCAAUUGAACAAUCGUUUGCACAAAUUUUAGACAAAGGUGUAAAAAUCGAUCCAGCAUUAAAAGGUCCAAUUCGAACAGAAAGAUCCAGAAUGUUAAAAGUAUUAAAAAAUUUGGAAAAGAAAUUAUUAAAAGCUAAAAAGAAAAAAUUCGAAACUGACAUCGAACAUUUGAAGAAAAUCAAAGAACAUUUAUUUCCAGCUGGAAGCUUACAAGAACGUCAUGAUAAUUUUAUGAAGUUCUAUUUAAAAAAAGGAGAUCGAUAUCUUCCUGAUUUAAUUAAUACAUUGGAACCAUUAUCAAAAACGUAUGCGGUAAUUUCAGAGACAAUGGAAUAA